AUGGAGGAGCUGAAAGCACCCGUACGUUUUUUUCACAAGUCUUCAUUCAGCAUCAGCAGCCUUCUGCUCCGACACGAGCGGGUGAUGAGCGACCGUGGAGGCGCGCCGGGCGCACCGCGCGUCCGGGCCGCAAAGACCCCAAACCGCUCCCAUCAGUCGGGUGGAGAUAAUGGAAAAUAUUCCGAUUUAGGUGUCACUCCAGAGCGAAAUAAAACGACCCGAUGCGAUCCAAAAGAGAAUGGACAAACGGAGCCCAAGGGUGUUGGAGAGACCGAGUGUGAAGUAGUAGCAAAUGAAAAGGACAAGAAGAACAAACCCGAUAAACCCCCGUUUAGUUACAACGCGCUUAUCAUGAUGGCCAUCCGCCAGUCCCCGGAGCGACGGCUCACCCUCAACGGCAUCUAUGAGUUCAUCAUGGGUAACUUCCCGUACUACCGAGAGAACAGACAGGGCUGGCAAAACUCCAUCCGACACAACUUGAGUCUCAACAAGUGCUUCGUGAAGGUCCCACGACAUUACGACGACCCGGGAAAGGGUAACUACUGGAUGCUGGACCCGUCCAGUGAUGAUGUGUUCAUAGGCGGAACAACGGGUAAACUCAGGCGCCGGUCAACAGCUGCGUCCCGGGCCAAACUGGCCAUGAAGAGAGGCGCGCGUCUGUCCUCCACCACGGCCACGGGAUUGGCGUUUGCAGGCUCGUUUUAUUGGCCCGUUUCGCCCUUCGUGACCCUCCAGCAUCCUCACCCUAACCCACCAUCAACACCUUACAUUGGAGCUCACCAGAACAAUUACGCAGGCUCUGUUUUGUCCCAGAGUGCGCAUCCCUAUAGCACCGGUGGUGAAAGACUUCUGCAGUCGGGUCAAGAUGCUGCUUAUUAUGGGAUGGGCGGUGAACACCGCCGGCACCAUCACCAGAUGAAAUCCACGUCCACUUUCACAGCAUCUGCCUCUGUCCCUCUGUCUCUCUCUGCUCCGCGCUCUUUUAAUCUACUCUCCAAUCAGUCCAGUUACUUUUACUCUCAUCAGGUGCCUCACGCGGCUGGACUUUCCACGUGGCCGCAGGACGAAUCUUUUCUCGCUAAAACAUCUCCUUCUGGACAAUUUAUCAGUGGGAAUGAUUACAUUGCAGGACUAUGUACAGACCUUCCCAAUUAUUUUCCGCAUUUUAACACUGCCAACUCCCUGUACUGAAUAGUUAAGUAGUUUGUUUUGCAUAUAAAUAGGCAAUCAGCUAUCAAAAUAUGAAUUUAUAGCUUAAUUUAUAGAGCAGCGGUUUAACAUUAUUUUAUCCAUGG